AGUUUCCCCACUUACCAGAUUACUGAAAAACCCAGCCUUUUUGAACGCCUUGUACCUAACCAUAUAGAUCUACAUCCCUAAAUCGAUGUAGGUACCUACUCUUUAUUACUUAUCAUAACCAACUUGUUUUCGUGCGAAAUCAAAUUUAAAAUAUUGUCAUGAUAUUUUCAAUUGUGAAUACAAAAAAGUACUAAAAUGUCUUCGGUCACUUCUAGCACAGUUUCCAUAUCAGAAUUCUUUCGUCCCGGCAAACCGAAAGGUCUAAGAUCUAGGGAUUUGAGUUCCACUCGAUUGAAUCUUUUAAAGAAAGAGAUACAAACGGAAAACCAUUUAAUAAGCUUAAACGAACUGUACGAGCAACUACAGACUGAUCCAAAACAUGGACUGAGCAAGGAGAGGGCCCAAGAAUUACUUGAGUACUAUGGUCCAAAUACGCUUACACCUCCAACGGAAAACGGGUGGUUCAAGGUGUUAUUUAAAUCGUUAUGCACAGGGUUCUCGAUAUUAAUAUGGCUUGGUGCAUUAUUAUGUUUGGUUGCUUACGUGAUAGAAUCGUCAACACGAGCAAACCCCACCGCCGAUAACCUUUAUCUUGGCUGUGUUUUGAUAGCAGUCGACGUCAUAUGCGGGCUCUUCAGUUUCUAUCAUAAUUUUAAAAGUUCAAAGAUAAUGAAGACUUUCAACAGCAUGAUACCAACUUACGCGACUUGCAUUCGGGAUGGAGUAAUGAAUACUGAUACCCUUGUUUGUGACAUCGUGAAGGGUGACAUCGUUCGCGUACAAGCGGGAGAUAUUGUACCAGCUGACAUUCGUAUCAUCGACAGCAAGGGGUUCAAAGUGGACAACUCUUCAUUGACUGGUGAAUCUAUAGCAGUUUCUCGGUCUAACACAGAGGGUAGUCCAAACAUUCUUGAAUCAGGGAAUGUUGCUUUCUUUUCUACGCAAUGUGUGGAGGGUUGGGCAUUAGGUGUAGUAUUGUGCUGCGGCGACCUGACGGCGCUAGGCCGCGUGGCCGGGCUGGCGGCGCGCCUGACGCCGGCUCCCUCCCCUCUGUCGAGAGAGAUCCGGCGCUUCAUGCGCUACAUGUCCUGCUGGGCUCUAGGACUUGGCGUAUUCAUAGCGAGCGCAUCGCUCGUUCUUGGCUACCCCUUUAUGCAAACCACUAUUUUCGUCAUUGGAAUAAUUGUUGCAAACAUACCUGAAGGUUUACAACCUACGGUAACCGCAUCGCUUACGAUAACAGCUCAGCACAUGGUAAAGAAGAACUGCCUCGUUAAGAACUUAGAGGCGGUGGAGGCAUUAGGUGCUUGUACUGUCAUAUGUUCCGAUAAGACUGGCACGCUCACUGAAAAUAAAAUGGUGGUUCAUCAUAUUUGGACAUGGAACAACAUUUCGUUUGUAAAUGACUCCGCAUUCCAAAGUGCCGUGGAAAACAAUUAUGCGUACGCGUGCCUUUUGACGUGUGGCGCAUUGUGCAGUAAUGCUGACAUAAAAAACGGGGGAGGCAUCCGAGGCGAUGCGUCCGAAGCCGCUAUUUUAAAUUUUCUCAUUCAAAAUAGUGAUCCUCUCACCGUCAGGAAAAGCUAUCCAAAAAUCGCCGAAAUACCCUUUAAUUCAGUUAACAAAUAUCAAGUCAGCGUACAUCUUGAUACGUUGAAGUCACAAUACAUAGUCGUGAUGAAAGGUGCGCCGGAGUGCCUCUUCGCUCGUUGCUCCACUGUUGCUACCGAAAACAAUGAUGUUAAAUUGACAAAUGAAAUGAAAGAGUCUGCUGAAAAGAAUAGCGAAGGUUUGGCAAAUACUGGUGAACGAAUUAUGGCUUUCGCGGAUUUGGUUUUGGAUUCGAAACAAUAUCCUUUGGGUUACACAUUCGACGCGGAAAAUCCAAACUUUCCACUUGAGGAUUUACGACUACUUGGUGUAAUGGGACUCAUGGAUCCACCUCGAGAAGAGGUGCGCACAGCUAUAGGGCGAGUACGCGCGGCAGGAGUGCGAGUGAUGAUGGUAACCGGUGACCAUCCAGCCACCUCCCGAGCCGUGGCGCAAGAAGUUGGGAUCGCUACUAACCAGAAAUGUCAUGUCGUCACAGGCAAUGAAUUGAGGAACAUGACCCCAGAUUUGCUACAUUGGACUCUUGAUAAGCAUUACGAAAUCGUGUUUGCAAGGACUUCCCCAACACAAAAACUGCAGAUAGUGGAGGCUUGUCAGCGGCAAGGCGGUGUGGUUGCUGUUACCGGCGACGGUGUGAAUGACGCACCAGCGUUACGCCGUGCGGACAUCGGUAUCUCCAUGGGUAUUACUGGGUCGCAGGUGUCAAAACAAACUGCAGACAUUAUAUUAAUGGAUGACAAUUUUGCUACCAUCGUGACAGGGAUUGAAGAAGGAAGGAAAAUCUUCGAUAAUCUCAAAAAAUCCGUUUGUUACAUACUUAUUUCAAAUGUACCUGAAAUAGCUCCCGUUUUAAUGUUCAUAUUGUUUGCAGUACCAUUGCCGUUGGGUGUAAUGACGAUACUAUGUGUAGAUCUAGGCACGGACAUGUGGCCGGCUGUAGCACUGGCGUAUGAAGGUGCAGAGUCUGACGUCAUGGCGCGCACUCUUCGCGGUCGAGACACUCUCGUGUCGGCUCGUAUGCUAAGAUUAGUGUACGGACACUUAGGACUUAUUGAAUUCGCAGCUGGCAUGUUUGCCUACUUUAUCGUAAUGGCUGAACAUGGUUUUUAUCCUCUUCAACUAUUUGGUAUCAGGCAGAGAUGGGACAACGAGGCAGUAAGUGACCUUACCGAUUCGUUGGGCCAGGAAUGGACUUUUACAGAACGAAAGGAGGUACAACGAGCGUCCCAAGCGGCAUACUUUGUGGCAGUUGUACUCACGCAAAUGAUGAAUGGCAUAAUUUGCAAAACCAGAUAUAACUCUUUGUUUCAUGUCGGAAUGAGAAAUAAAGUUUUGAACAUGGGAUUAGUAUUUGAGAUAAUACUUUCUUGCGUUAUUUGUUACGUUCCCGGAGUUAAUACAUUCUUCCGAACCUAUCCGUUGCGGCUCAGAUGGUGGUUUUUAGCGUUGCCGUUUUGUGCAUUUAUGUUUGUAUUUGACGAAUUUCGAAAAUAUUGCAUUAGAAGAGAACUUUUUGGAGGAUGGUAUAACAGGUUGACAUUUUAUUAAAUCCAAUAAAGAACAUCCGAAAAUGUAUGCAACUGUCUCAGCUAAUUGCUAUGGUGAUACGAUAUUGCUAAACUAAUAUUAAAUGUAGGUGGUUAAUUAAAUGUUACAAAAUAAAACAAACAUAUCCAGGGCUUUGAUUUUUUCUGGAAUUUUACUUUAUUUUUGAUCCCACACAUACUCAGAUCUCUAAAUAAUAAAAGUUUAACAAUCAUUAAGUACCUAAUAUAAUGAGCAAAAUAACAAAAUUACAUAUCAGAAUCAGGUCACUUAAACAACAUCACAAUUUGAUGAUGGUCUGUCUGGUCAGGUGAUCAGACCUCACCAAAGUCAUUAAGAGAUUUGUUCUAUAAAAUUUGACA